AUCUACCUAUUCAAACGUCUAGCUACCUAUCCAUUUAUCUAUCUAUCUACCUUCGGCCUACCUAGUAUAUCUUCUGCGAUUGAAAGAUUGUUAUCACUUUCGAAAUUAUUGAUUUAUUAUUAUUUAGAUAUGAGAAAUACGGAUAAAUUUAUUUUUCUUUUGACGUACACUUAGUUAAUAUAAAAUGAAAGAAUGAGGUGAACAUAAUUAAAACAGAAGGAGAGAAAAAUAUUCUCAAGUAUGAUCAAUAAUAUGAUCCAUCAAACAAUAUUUUGAAUUUUACAUUACGUUUCAAUGAAUAAUUUAACUGUUUAUUUAAUUCAAUUAGGAGAAUCAUGUAUUACUCAAUAUGUUUCUUCAUUAUAAAAGCGUAAAUCGAGGAUAAAUUGUUUUAUUGAACAAACCAGAUGCCAGCGAAGAAAGAAAUCAGGAAGAAGCGAUGGAAGUGGAUAGGACACACAUUGAGGAAGGCACUUAAUUGCGACGUAAAGCAAGCCCUAACAUGAAAUCCCUAAAGCCAAAGUAGGAGAGGAAGACCGAAGAACACAUUACGCCGAGAAAUGGAGACAGACAUGAGAAGAAUGAACAGCAAUUGCAUAGAACUAGAAAAGAAAGUCCAAGAGAGAGAGAGAGUGGGUUGACGAAUGCUGGUCAGUGGCCUUUGUUCCAUUAGGAGUGACAGGCGUAAGUAAGUAAGUAAGUAAAUUGUUUUAUUAGCAAAGCUUAUGUAUUUUAUUCCAUACACUUGUUCUAAUGUGCGUAUCUACAUAUAAAUAAGAAUUUUCGAGUGUAAAUGAUACAGAAAACAGAUUUGUUACUUAAAACAUUUAAUUUACAUUCAUAUUUUGUCUGUGAAAAAAAAGAUUUUCCACAUAAUUUUUUUUUUGUUAAAAACUUAGUUACCAAGCCAUUUUUUCUAACACUUGUUGUGAUGUUUCCAAAAACUACAUGAACUACACACAAACAUACAAUAUACACAUGUACAAAUAAAUUAGAACAAGUAAAAUAAAAAAAGAUUAGACACAAAGUGGUUAGAUGAACAAUAAUACAAAAUGGUAGAUUAAUUUGAAUCUAUUUAAGUAAUAUUAUACCAUAUUCAAUAAAUUUCAAACAAAUUAUUACUUCCAUAUGUAAUUGUGAAUGUAAUUAAACAUUAAAAAGCAUUAAAUCAUUUUGGGAAAUAAGGAUAUAAGAGGAAACAUGUUUUUUGUUGUUGUUGUGGUUGUUGACAUAAUUGGUUCAUAAUUUUAUAUUAAAUUCUGUUAAUUAGUGACUUGAUUCUUAUGAAUUGAAGAUUGGAUAUUUAAAAAAAAGAAUGAUGAUUAGAGUUAUCGUGUGAUUUCAUGUAGUAGUUUUAGAAUUAGGCAUUCAUAAUUUUAAUUUCAAUAGUUGAGAUCAUGAGUCCAUUGAAGUUAGACCAACAUGGAAAACCUGGAAGCACUGGACGGCCGUUUCGUCCUAUUGUGAGACUUCUCCGUAGUUUGCAUCCACGAACCCGUCUUGCGAGAUUCCAACCCAGGACCCAUCAGUCCUGCACACGAGCGCUUAAGCACUAGACCACUGGGCCGGUCGGCAUCCAAUGGUGUUAAUGGCUAACUUCAACUAAUCCAUUAAAUUGAGCGACAUGUCCACCAUUGUGACCAGUGGAUUUCAACCGGGUCAGUUGUGAGAUAGCAACUGACUGAUGACAAUGAUCUCAACUAUUGAAAUUACUACAAUCUUUACAAAACCUCAUUCUGAUACUAUACAUAAUCUCAGCACAUGAUUUUAACGAAGAACUUGAAAUUCUUUUGGGUUAUACAAUUAUGAAUACAAAAUGUGAAAAUGACAUUUCACUAAUCCCACUGUAAAAUUUCCCUUGUCUGUUAAUAUUUGUCAUAAAUGUUUGAGAAACAAAUUUCAAAUUAACGUACAAAAAUUUUGUGUUGUGUGCUACUGAUGUCGACAGAUAUAAGUAGCAUGUAUCAUCAAUCGAAAGUGAAGUGCCUUAAGGCAGAAGGUUGAAGAAGAUCAGAGAGAAGAGAACGAGAACAAAGAGUGAUUGGUAAGAAAAUGAAGGAACAAUGAAGUAUGAGAAACUCGAUGGACAUUUUGCAAAUGAACUAUUUACUGUUUGGUUCUCAGAUUUCACUAAGAGAUUCUGUAAUUUUGAAUACAAACACGUGCGAUUGUUUCCAUUUGUGUUCUCAUUCACUACACUUUUAUCCAACUAAACACAAGUUACAUAAAAAGUUUUGCUAAUUAAAUGUAGAUUCUGACAAGAAUCAUUAAUAUAUUGAUUAAAGUCUAUAGCAUCCAAAUAUUGGAUUCAUAGAAAACUUAUUUAUGUCAAAGGUAUAGCUGAAAGUCGAGUUUAUGAACAUCUAUUUAGCUACUGCCAUCUAAUAAAACAGCAUAUUUGAUAAAAGAUUUUUUCCCAGUGGAUUCAAAAUGUAAUAUCUUUUGCUGUUAAUUUCAUUAUCAUCAAACAUGGUUAGAAAUGAACGAGAAGGUUAACACUGAAAUCACUCAAUAGGUUAUAUAAAUCAGAAUGUUGGAAAUAUGAUAUUAAUUGUGUUUCUUUUUACAGUCACACAUCAUACCUGAAGUGUCACGUUUUACUUUGUCAAGUUCAAUACAAACUCAUUCACUCAUUAUAGACGGAAGAACAAGUAAAGUUUGAUGUUCGGUGUCUAUAAUUCUCUGAAUAAGAAAUAAUCAGCAACAAAUGAUAAAUAUGACCCAGGAUAAACAAGAACUUAACAAGCGUUUAUAUAGUUACAUAUAUAAUAAAUGACACAUUAAUUAUUAUAAGAAUGGGAGUUUGUGGAGAUUGUAGUAAGGUGAAUAUUUGAGUUCAUGAGUCUACUUAAGCUUGAUCAUCCGUGAAAACCUGGGAGCACCAGACGCCAUUUCUUCCUAGUAUGGGACUCCUCAGUAGUACGCACCCACAAUCCCGAUCCGUAGGAUUCGAACCCAGGACCUUCGAUCUCGCGCGCGAAUGCUCAACUUUUAGACCACUGAGUUGGCAUCGAACUUUGUUAAUGUCUAAUUUUGGUCAAUCCAUGAUAUCGAGCAACUAUUCAUCCAUUGUCUGAGGUAGAUAUCUGGCUCCAACUGGCAUGGAUCAGAUUCUAGUGGUCACGGCUUCAAGUGCUUCCAAGUUUUUGAUGGUUGUCAAGCUUACAUAGACUCAUCAAUUCAACUAUUUAAAAAAAUUAAUUAUAGUUUUUUUAUUGUUUUUACCCCUAAACAUAUCCAGAAUAAUAAUCCUGGUAUUAUUAUUAUUAUUACUUAGUUUUAUUAUGAUAACUCAAUAAUCCUACCAGCAAACUAUGAGGUAAUACAAGUAGGUAUACGAUAGAAAAUAUGACAACAACAAAAAAACAUUUAUAUGCAUUAAUAAUUCAACGAAUUGGUUGCAUGUUGAAUUUAUUUCAAUUAUACGGCUACUAGCAUUCAAUAACAUACAUACAUACGUAGUCGACAUCUUUAAAAAAUGUAGUUUUGUGUGCAUGUUUACUCAGAACUAUGGUAACACCAAUAAUAAUAACAAUAAACAUAACAAUUAAUAACUUUUUUAAAAUGAUGAGUAAUUUUUUUUCUUCUAAAUACUUGAUACAAUGAAUAACCAAAUGAAAAAACAUUAGAUUAUCUUGUUGUUGUGGUCAUUGAAGAAAGACAAAACUAAACAAAACUCAUUUGAGGCUAGAAAAAUUAAUUUACUGCUAGGUUUCUCUUUUUUCUUAUUUUUUAUUUUUAGGAUGUUGUUGGGGAAAUUAGAUCCCCAAAACUCACAGUUUGCAAUUUUAUCUUUGUGGAGCUUGUAUGCAGAUGUAUGCUUGGGCAUUUCUUACCAACCACUCAUAUAGUCGAUUGACAAACUUAUCGAUUAAAUGUUUAAAAACUUCUAUGGCAAUAUCGAUUAUAUAUAUUUUGUAUAAAUACGCUUGAUUUGUGUGCUUGAUGGAAAUGGUAUCUUCUGGUUGUCUGUAGAAUACACUUUCUACAUCUAACCAAGACUUCUGGGUCGAGUUAGCUGAGUCGGGGACAACGGACCAGUAUAGCCUAUCGAGUCUCUGAAUCCUUGAUUCUUCGUUCCGUUCCGAGUAAGACGAAUCAGUAUUAGCAUUCAAGUUAACGAACAUAACAGAUGUAUCACAUAUUUGUUAUUUCAUUAGCUCUAAUAUUGAAUAUUCAUCAAUAAUUCAAAUAAGCACAAAUUGAUGCUUGAAUGAACAUAUUAACUAUGCAUAUAAGUGUAACCUAGGAGGUGGUAGGCCAUUUUACAAAAGUUUUUGUUUUAGUUAUUAUUAUUUAAAAUGAAUCGCCUGUUUUAACAAAUUAGAAUAUUUGUUUAUAUAAAUCUUAAUUGUUUUGAAGUAUUUGAAAUAGGUCCUGGGUUUGAAUCCCGCGGGAUGGAGUCAUGGAUGCGCACUGCUGAGGAGUCCCAUACUGGGACGAGACGGCCGUCCAGUACUUACAGGUUUUCCAUGGUGGUCUAGCUUCAAUUGACUCAUGAUUUCAAUCAGUGUAUUUAAAACAGAUGAGGAAUAUCAGAAUAGAGAAUUAGAAACGUUUAAAUAUCUAGGCCAUUCAAAUUUAAACAAUUCAUCUAUUUCAGGAAUUUAAUAUUACUUGUUCAGUUUUAUAUAGAUCAUUCAAAAAGAAUUCAACAACAUUACCUGGCAUGUCUAAGAAAUGGCGCAAUAAGAAGUUCAAUAAUCAAACACCUUGUGAAAACAGGUCACUCAAUCAAGACGGACUCUGAGUUUUAAGUCAUCUACAAGGUAAGUGGAAGUCUUCCAAAGGCAGUUAUAUUGCAUCUUCUUAAUAUUGCCGAAGCAAUAACCAUACAUAUGGGAGGACCUGUAUUAUGUAUGUAAAAGAGAUUGGUACAACCUCUUCUUCUAUCAUGGUUUUAAUGUCUAUAGCAUUUUUUCUUCAUAUUCUUCUUCCUUUACAGCCAUCUAAUUCCUCUUCUAUCUCCUCUUUAAACCUUCUACCCCUAACUUGUUUAUUUCUGUUUCUCUGAUCAUUUUGAUUACAUUUCAUCUCAAUUUCAACAUUUUAUCUUAUCAUGCUAAGCCAUCCUUUCCCCAUGAUAAUUUCCUUAUCUAUCGUUAUGAUGAGAAUCCAAACCCUUAACAAUAAAACGACCAUUAGUUUUCUCGUUCAAAAAGAUUUUUUAAUACCUUUCUUUAUUCUACCACAUCGUUACCAUGCUUAACAGAAGUUUACUAUCACUACUAUUUUAAUUAUUAUUAUUCAGAAAAAUACGUUUAUAUAUUUGUGAUUGUACAGCUUUGAAAAUGAAUUUGCCGAGAAGGGAACUCUUUGGUGGAUCAAUCUUAUUUUAUGUGAAAUAUUGAAAUAUUUAUAGCAUGUUUAGAAACACCUUGUACUAAAAUUUAUGUCAGUUAGAUUUUAAGAAAUGUUAGUCUGAUUCUUUUUAUUAAUACUGAUAAGGCAAUGUGAUUAUUAACAGAGAUCAAGAUUAUAUUUUAUACACCUACUUAGUCAGGAAGGGUACUUAGCUACACUUUAUGUAAUUUUAUAGCUAUAGACUAUCCACAAAAUCGGUUUAUAGCCUCAAUCUCGGAUCAUCUAAAGAUUGUGUAAUAGCACUUAAAUUACAUUUCAUCAGAGUAUACAACAUUUAUAGCUGAACUUAAAAUAACCUAAAACAUUACAAAGAACAAUGAUUCUUCGCAAAACUGACUUUGCACCAACCUUCGAAAGAAAUACCCACACACUGGAUAUACAUUAGGGUAUAAUAAAGUAACCAUACUUCCCUCCUCCAUAAUAUUAAUUGUAUUUUAAAACCCGGUACCUUAAUAAAACAUUUUUUUACAAACUCAAAACAGAAGUUCAUACAAACUUUGCUACGAUUAGAUAAAUGUUUGUUUGUUUCCAUAUGGAAGAUUUCCUACGUUGAGAUUUAGAUAAUCCAAUGACUCUAAAUAUGAAAGCACGUUAAUCAAACUCUGAUUCUCUCAUAUCGACGACCAUCUAAAACCAUUCACGUUUUGAAUAAUACUACCCAGUUAAAUUUAAGUUAAGAAAAACAUCUUGUAAUUACUAUAUGAUUUAUAGCACAUUUUAAAACGAGCUAGUAGUCUAGUUCUCAAUCAAAUGAAUAGUUUAGCAUAAUAAAAGUUGGUAAACAUUAAAUGAGGGUAUAUCAUCUUUCAUUCUCUCGAGAAAUGAAACUGAAUUUCAAAAGCCUAGUUUUAAUAAGAAAAAUGUCAUCAUACUGAAUCACAUUAAUAUCAAAUAUAGCAUGAUUUUCAAUGUAACUUGUGUGUUAUAAACAGUAAAAUAAACUUUAGUAUAAUACAAAUUUUAUUGCUGAGACUAGAAUUUGUGGAUGACCUUUGAGCGACGCUCGACGAACCUUGACAGUGUCCACUUAAUAACCAGGACCAUAUGAGGGUUACAAAUCGGUGUGAUGAAUUAGAAUUAUAAUUUACAGUUUUCAUCAUGAAGUGAUAUCAGCUAUAAUGUCAAAAAUCUAUUUAUCCAAAUGGAUGAGUGAAUUUCGCGCCAAAAUCCGGGAACUAUAAUCUUAUACGUGAUUAGUCGGUCUAUAAAUUAUAGUCUCGCCAUUUUAUGAAAAGUAAUCUAAUCAAAAUCUAUGGUAAUUAACCUUGAUGAAAAUAUACGAGGACAAAUUUAUACUUUGAGCAAAAUAAUCUCAGCCUGUCAGUCAGUCAGCUAGAACUUACGACCAGGCACAUAUAUAAAUCGUUCCAAGUUGCCACACCUCAUCAACACAACAAGAUGAACACGAAAUUCAUAGAAGUAGUUAAUUUAAUGGUAGUAUUAUAUAAAAGAAAGAUUGUGUAUAAAGAUAUAAUACACGAGGAAAGAAUUAGUUCGGAAAAAUAAAGAUAUAGAGCAAAGUAGUCUGAAUAAUAACAAUUGGUUUAUAUUACUAUUUGUUAAUUUAUUAUCACGUAGCCAAUUCGAUCAAAAGUCACAAUCACUAUUAAGCAAAUAUAAACAUAAAGUUAUCAAUGAAAUAUUCGCCAGUAUUAUACUUACCUGUCUUAAUAAUUCAGUUUGAGAAAAAUCCUCCAUUCUAGCAGCUUCUAAUACCCAUACUUUAGCUCCACGCCAUCUGUUGCCUAUAUCCGUUGUCAAUGUCAUUGUAUUCAUCACUGAUGGCAGAAUUAAUCUACUACCAAUAUUUCCAUUAUAAUUACUAAAUGAAUUCAUUGUAAUAAAAUGAUUAUUAUGUACUGCUGAAGUAAACUCCACAGUAGCAUCAGUUUCAAUACUUAAAAUAAAUGAUAAUCCAACACUGAUAGUGAACAGAAAAGUAUAAAAUACCCGAAAACAUAAAUAGAUCAUAAUACAAACUUUUUGAGGACAUGUUAAACGAGCUAAUUGAGAUUGUGAACUUGUCCUAUGAUAAUUAUUUAAUAAAGUUGUAGAAUAAGCUGAAAAUGAUGAAUAACGUUUCUGUUGUAUUUCAUUAUUUGAGCUAUAACUUGUUGAACUAGGAAUUAUAUUGUUUGUAUGGAAUUUAUUAGAUCCUUGACAUAUUUUUAAAAUGGUAUAUAUAGUUAAAAGUAUAAUAUAAGAAAGACCAAUAAUUAAACAUGUAAUCACAAAUGGUAAAUGCAUUUUAUCAGCACUUAAUGAGUCUAUAUGAUUUGGUAAAGAUUCUUUUAACAUAAUCGUAUUACUCUGAUAAGUAUUUAUGGAUUUUGACAAUGGAAUAUUGUUUUGUGCAUUCAGUAAUGUACUUAAUAAAUAAUCAGUAAAACAAUCUUUAAUAUGAAUUAUUAAUAAUACUGAUUGAAAUAAAUGAGUAGAUACAAUUGGAAAUUGAAUAUAUUCAAUAUUCAAUUGAAUUUGAAAUGAUAUUUCUUUCUUUUUAUUAGAAUAGUUUGUAAUGAAAUCAAAUUGAUCAUUUAAUAGAAUUAAAUCUUUUUCAUAUAAAAUAUGUUGUGGAUCAAUUGGGAUCAAACUAUUAGUUUUCUUUAAAUUUGAUAAUGAUUUCAAUGAUUCAGUAUAUAAUUUCAAAUGAAUAUAUGUUGAUUUAUGUGUAGUAGUUGAGCCUUGACAACAACAAGAACAACAAUAACAAAAAUAAUUAAAGUUAUUUAGUAUAUGAUCAUAGAGAUAAUAAUUGUUUAAAUAAUUCUU